UGGAUCUAUUCUUGUACCUAGUGUAAGGUGUCAAGUUUGUCAAGAUUCAUAGUGAGAGGAAAUUUAAGUGGGCAGUGCAGCUGUCGGAGAAUGGAAAGGGCAGUUGCAUGAGAGGGGACCCACAGAUGUGUGAGAUUGGAAGAGCAAGAUCUCUUUUUGAGUCGCUGUGAAGAUUGGAUUAGAUCUAAUGUUUUGUUGGCCCUGUCCAAUAUUCUAUGCCUCACUUGUAACCCCACCUCUCCUCAUUUACUUAUAAGACAUCCCUGAGCACAGCUUUAGAACGUGAAAAUUGAUCAGAGAAAACAAGAAAUAGAUAAGGGUUGUAGUAGACAACAUCUGUUUACCACCAAAGUAUCAGGAAUGCAGAAUUGAAUAUAGCAGAAUCAUAAUUCUCAUAUAAGGGUGGGCGAUAGCUGAUUGAAACGGGAGCCUUUUACCAUUUCAGACAACAAAAUGUAUCACCACCACCACCAAGGAAAAAAUCUUCACCCAUCUGCAAGAAUGUUCACUCCACCUGAAAGGCACCUGUUCCACCAAGGUGCAAAUGGCACCGGAGAUUCCGGACUUGUUCUUUCCACUGAUGCCAAGCCAAGACUGAAAUGGACUCUGGACCUCCAUGAGCGAUUCAUAGAGGCAGUUAAUCAACUUGGCGGAGCAGAUAAAGCUACUCCAAAAUCAGUCUUGAAACUUAUGGGAAUUCAAGGACUAACCUUAUACCACUUGAAGAGUCACCUUCAGAAAUACAGACUCAGUAAAAACCUCCAAGGACAGGCUAAUAGUGGGAUCAACAAAGCUGGUAACAAGUCCGUUACAGGAGAAAGGAUGCCUGAUACAAAUGGAACUCAUAUGUCUCAUCCAAGCAUGGUCAACCGAACAAAUGACUUUCUGCCUUAUAUCCAGAAAUUUACCUUUAAGUGAAGCAAUACAAUUGCAAAUUGAAACGCAGAGAAGGUUACAUGAGCAGCUCGAGGUAAAAA